ACCCCAGCACAGCAGUAAGCUCAUCUAAGUGCACUAGUGAGAAGAAAAGCUGGGAUCCUUUCCUCUGGCCCCAAGGUCAUCUCCUCCCAAGGUCAUCUCCCCCAGGAGACAGAAUGGAGCCACUACAGAGCUCUUCUUCUGUAACCACAAUCAUGGACCCAGCCCAAGGAAUAAGUGACUUAUAUCCUGGUCCUAAGCACUCCCUGGGGUUGCUGGAGUCCCUCCUGAGCAAGACCCUGGCCUCACCCUUAAUAUCAGCACUCAGAGCCAAGACCUCCUUCCAGCCUGGAGGAGACCACCCGCCUCUGAAGGACAGUUUCGAGAAGCUCCCCUCAGCUCUACCUCCCACUCUCAUAUCAAACUUUCAAAAACACAGUACAGAGCUUUGGCAAAAGGGAAAGGGACCAAAAAAGAAUGAAGAUGUGUCAAGUAUAUACUACAAACACGGACUAAAAAGGCAAAACAAAAUAACACUGAUCCUGGAGUGGAAGGAGGUUAGAGGUGCUGGGGAGGGCAUGGCUGGGCAAACCUCUUCUCUCCCUCCAAGUCAGGUAAGAACGGUCGGUCAACCCCAAGAGAAAAAGAUUGAAGUGUUCAGGCCAGAGGGGAAGGGAAGUGGGGGACCAGCUGGUCUCAGGCUGCAGCAAGCUCAGGCAGAUGGCCCUGCAGCUGUUCCCAGCAGAGGACAGCCAGACACUGGCACCUGUGGGAGGGCUCCCUGCUCUGCUCAUCGGCCAUGCACUCUGUGGAAGAGACAGAAACUGGAUGGUCCUCAGCGGGUGUGCAGACCAAGGUGGCCGGGACUGUCUGGGUCAGCAGGACGGAGGAUGGUUUCCCAACAAACUGUCUCAAGCCUGGCCUCCAGGUUCCCUCUGGGAUGCCACACAUACACCGUGGCAGGAGUACGUGAACCGCGGCACUGGCCCUUUGCAGUCCUGCCAGAUGCUUGGGACCUGGCCCCUUGUCCUAGGAGAGGGCCCUUUUCUUCUUGCCUCUGUUGGCUGACAGUUAUCCCCCCACCCUCCUCAGGGGCUUUGGCUCAGGGCAGCUCCAUUGCAGGAAGCGAGUGACACUGGCUGGGGGACAGACACUGUUGCCAGGCCAAGGCUGGCUCUGAAUAUAAACACUAAAUAAUCCAAAUUCUGUCCUGGUCUAUUGCUGCGCUGGUCAAGAGGCAGCCCCCAGCCAUGUGUGGCUAUUGACAUUUCAAAUGAAAGAAAAUUAAAAGUUUGGUUCUUCACUUGCUGGGCUGUACCGGGUCCCCCCAAAAUGACACAAUGAAGUACUCACCCCUGGCACCUGUGACCGGGGCCUUAUUUAAAAAUGGAGCCACUGCAGAGGUGAUAGAGUUGGAAUGUGGACACACUUGAUUGCUCUAAGCCAUGACUGGUGUCCCCCUAAGGGAUAGAAGAUGUUACCAAGCCAAGGGGAGAAGGCAGGAGUCUGGUGCUGCAUCUAUAAGAACACAGGCGCAAGGACCACCAAGAACAGCCACAGCAGCAGCACAGGCUCCUCCUCAGAGAGACCACGGAAGCACCUCACAUCUUGGUCUCAGACUUUUGGCCUCCUCAACUGUGAGAGUUAGUCCUGAAGAUCGAACCCAGGGCCAGCAGGGCCUUUUACAGAGUUACUUCC